CGGUUUAAGAGUUGAUAUGUUUUCUUUGCUUUUUUUUGUACACCUAGCGGUAAUCCCGUUUAAUCCCAUUGAGUUUUUUUUCUCCUCGCCAGCUUCGCGGCACGUAAGUGUUUUAGAAAUUUAAAUCAUCUUAAGGUGCGGUUGAAUGUUAUGAAAAACAAAUAAUCUCAUCUUUCACAAAAUCACCAGAUUUAACGGUUUUUCUUCAAUGUUUAUUUCGAAAAAAUCGUCAAAAUCUACCUUCAACCAGGGAUCAUAAACCGCCGUUCUUCUACGACGUUACAAGUUACAUUAAACGAGCCAAUAAUUACACUGAUUAGUGCUCGGUAUAUUACCACCAUUACAUGACCUUGCCAAUGAACUCGUGAAGUUUUUUCCAACUUUUAUUUUAUUACCUAAUUUUUUCCCCCGUCUCAUCUUUUAAUUGCGCGUUCGCCAAAAAGAAGCUAAUUAUCAGGAGAUCAGGGUCAGGUAUAUUUUAUCUGAAUAUAUAGAUAUGCGGAGGUCGUGCAGACGUUACCAGCGAUAUUAGAAUUUAACGCGAUUAAACAAAUGUAUAUUCGUAUAUCUACAACUCACAGGUAAUUCCCGCCUUUACUUUACCUCGAAUAUCAUGCGGACGGCGGUAUAAAACUCGGGAGUUUCAGCGAUCCCAGGUUCAGUCACAUGACAUUUAUCGUGCGUCUCGGUAGACCGUAAAAAAAAAAAAAUAUUCAUAACCAGUGAAAAUAUGUAUGUUGCUAUCGAUCAUUUAUCUCUAUUUAUCAACGGUUUUAAUUCUUUCUAAACGAAUGUGUUGAAGAAAGUUUACAAAAAUCUGUAUAAUUAUACCAUAGGAUCUAUCGAGUGUGUAAUUUUUUUUUUCUUCUCUUUUGUUUUGCAUACUCGAUUAUAUUGUGUUGAACAAUAAAUAAUCCGAAAGGAUUUAAUUUUAAUUUGAACAAAAUUGUCAUAACGACUAAGAAAUGGAAGGCAAGACUGAAGUUAAAUUAGUUUUAAGUUGUAUUCUAAUCGUCGUUUGCAUCCCUUGUGCAGUAUUUUCGGACUCGGGAUUUUACUUUCCUGAUCAGAUUGAGGCGCACGCCGAGAGCUACAGCAAAGCCGAGGUCAGCCAAGGUCAACGGGGAGGCUACGACGAGGGUCUGAAAAAUAAUGAGGAGAUAGUCCAUGGGCCGCAUUAUGGUGACGCCGGAAACAUCGGGGGACAUGAUCAUCAUUUAUCGGAAGUGGGUCACGGUUAUCCAGGAUCCGCAAAUACGAAUGCGAACACCAACGCCAACAGCCAAAGCCAUUCGCAAGGAUUUUACGGAGACGGCGGAAAUAAUCCUCACCAGAACGGAUUGGAUCACGGAAACUACCAAAAUCAGGCCGUAAAUUCAAACGCUCAAAGUUCCGCGUCCGGAUCAGGAGGCGGUUCGGGGUCUUCUUCAAACGCUCAAAGUUCAGCGUCGGGAUCAGGAGGCGGUUCGGGGUCUUCUUCAAACGCUCAAAGUUCAGCGUCGGGAUCUGGAGGAGUUCAUGGAUCUUCUUCCAACGCCGGAAGUUCCGCAUCCGGAUCAGGAGGUGGUUUCGGAUCUUCUUCAAACGCAGGAAGUUCCGCGUCGGGAUCAGGAGGUGUUCAUGGAUCUUCUUCGAACGCCGGAAGUUCCGCGUCGGGAUCAGGAGGUAUUUAUGGAUCUUCUUCGAACGCCGGAAGUUCCGCGUCGGGAUCAGGAGGAGGAGGUUUAGGAUCGUCUUCAAACGCGGAGAGUUCCGCUUCAUCGUUCGGAGGCAGUUCGGGAUCUUCUUCGAAUGCGAACUCUCAAGGAUCAUCGAGUGCCUUGGGCCACCAGACCUCCUCUCAAAGUCAAAGUAACUCCCAAUCCAACUCUCAAGGAUUUCACUCAAACGGAUAUCCGUACAGUUCGGUCUCGGGCUCAACUUCCGGAAGUCAAUCGAAUGGGCUGGGCGGUUCGUCGGCGAGCUCAGCGAGCGCUGUGGCUUCGACGCAAUUCGUCGACGGGAUUCCCAUCGCCACUGCAAGCGCAGCUGCUGCAGCAGCAUCCGCGGGUCCUGGAGGAUCCAGCUCGUCUUCCAGCUCAGCGAAUAGCGUUGCGAGUCCUGCAGGACUGGGAUACCACAGACCUGGUGGAUUGCCGGGAAGGUGGUACCUCGGUGGUAGAAUAGGUACGGACGAUGAGGAAUCCGAUAUGGUAUCUGAGGACAGCGAGAGCCACGAUGAAUAGACUAAAAAACAUGGAGAGCGAAGGAGAAAAUUGGGUGACCUUGUACUCUGAUAUAACAAUUGUUACCCACGUCAUGAAUUGCGAUGAAUUGUGAGAAAUGUUGCCCAUGUCGCUUUAUAGCGUCUGUAAUUUUUUUAUUAUUGAAUUUUCAAAAAUAAAAGGUCUUUUUUAUA